AUGGUGUCGGCCGGGGCACGUGGCAGCACCCUGGACGAGGUGCUGGCCGUGCUGGGCGCGGCGUCGCGUGACGAGAUCGCCGAGUUCGUCAGUGACGUGGUGGAGCGCGCCCUCGCUGACCACUCCGUGACCGGCAGAGAAGGCACAAGAAAGAAAAUCAACAGAUGGGUUUCGAAAGCCACGAAGGAUCUCAUCACCUCAAUCCUUCCUCAAGGUUCUGUACGCUCUGAUACUGCCCUAGUGCUCGCCAACGCCAUCUACUUCAAGGGCAGGUGGUCCAUGCCCUUCGCCAAGGACACCGAGACCAGGCGCUUCCCGCGGCUUGACGGCAGCCACGUGCGCACGCCGUUCAUGCGCAGCUGGAAGAAGCAGGCCGUCGCGGAGUACGACGGGUUCAAGGUGCUCAAGCUAGCCUACCAGACACACCAGCAAGAUGGCUAG